UAAUAGUCUUACGAUUGUGUCUGAAUAUUUGCGGUCUGUAUGUGCUCUGUGAAAGCUUAUGAGAAUCCUCAGAAGACCACAGCAAUUUGCAGUGGAAAUGUUGAAGCUCUCUCAUCCCAAAUCAAUAUACGUUUGUUUUACAUUGGCAGAUGAUUUGUAGAAACGGUGUUGUGCCAAUAAACGAUUAUGUCGGCUACAAAUUAUCAGCUACUGGAGACCGACAAGUUUUCCAGCAAUGGCCAACAGAACAUAAAAUUGCUGGUGUACCUCAGGGAUCUAAUUUUAAUUCCUGAUCCUCUGGAAAAAGAAGAUGCACAAGUGUGUAGCCACCGAGAAGGAACACAAUCUGACCACUAUGCAGAAGACCCCGAUAAACCCCCGCUUAAUCUCGGAAGGAGGCACAAUUCUCAGUUUCGAAAUAAAUGUUGACCUAAUUUUUUGUCAAACGAGUGAAGGGAAAAAAGUCAUGGAGAAUUUGAAAGAAGGCAAGAACUGUGACGAUAAAAUGAUAAAAAGUAUUACCCAUUUGUUAUGUGAUUUUCUUAAAAUGGCUUACGGAGUACGUGCUUCAACAUUUCAUAAAAAUAUGCUCGCAAAGUCUCUUGUUACGACGUAUCCGAAGCUGGCAUCACGGGUUUCAAAUACACCACAAGCAUUGUGGUUUCUCAUCAAUGGUAGAGGAGAAGGCCGUCAUGCAGGCAAGAUACACUACCACAUGGAAUAUUUGGCUAAGAAACAAACGAGUCGUGUGUUUGUUCGCAAAAAUACAAAAAAUCCGGUCGAUGUGAAGCAAACAAUCGCACCUGAGCAAAGUUCCAUCGAUUUUUUUGCACUGGUCGAAGAAUUCAAAUUUAUUGUCCCUUCCAAAGAAACCAAAUCCCGUAUUGAAUAUUUAUGGGAAACAACCUUCCAGUACCGUAAUGAAUAUCGCAAGAAAAACGAUUUCCUGUCGUUUUUGGAAGAAUUUCCGGCAGCUGUUGCUUUUCGUGGCCAAAUGAUUUCCUAUGAUUUUCAGCGAAUGUACAACAAUACACUCAGAGUUGAACGAUGGUAA